UUCAUUUAUCAGUCAACUACGGUCUAGCGUACUGGUCGUACGUUUCAAUCGCGUAGGCUUCGCAACAGUCGAAAGUUUUUCGAUUUAUUUUACCAAAACAUUUGUUUAUCGCGUAUUUGUGACAGAACUUCAAAUUUUGUGUGUGUCUAAAGUGAUUUUUAUAGUGCCAAAUAGUUGGUUUUUAAUUGAUUUUAACCAUGAAAGAAGAUUAAGUUAGAUUACUUGAGGAAUUAUACAAUGUUGAUAGCCACCCCUUACAGAGACUUUGAUGUUAGGGACAGGAGACCCCCCAAAGUGAUCUCAGAGGUGCGGAAGACCUACUUGAACUCGGCCGCGACGAAUUCCAGGCCGAAAUUAUCAGCUGAGCUGCUAGUAAAAUGCAACACCGAAAAAAACUGGUACCACAGGCGAGUCCAGAUACGAGGUGGUCUUCUAUACGUAUCCUCAACUCCAGGAGAACAAACUUCGACUGCUAUGAGACUGCCUUUGAGGCAUCUCAGCCUCCAGGCUGGACCCCAACCAAACAGCAUAGCCAUAUGCAGAGGAUCCAACAUUGUUUUAACUUUACAGACCGUUGACAAGAAAUCCUUCGACCAAUGGGUGAAGAUCCUAGCCAUUGAACUGAUCCGCCAAACUCCAUUGGACGCUAUCAAAUACCUGGACAUCCUCACCCUGGCCGAGUGCUGGACCAAGACUGCCGACCCUUGCCCAAAAGACUGGAACUUCAACAACAUCACCCAAACCAAAACAUCUCCCUCUAUCAGCUACGACGUCCCCGAUUCACCAAGGCGUUCAACCCGGAUUCCUGACUGGCCUGAAUCGCCUGCUGUUUCACCAGUAAAAUCACCAUCACAAUCUUCGGAAAACACUGAGGAGGUUAUAGAGACUUUACUGAAGAAAUGUCAGAACGUUGAGACCUACGUGCCUGUCAAAGAAAAACUGUUUCUUUUUGAGUCGCUGUGUAAGAUGGGGAGGAAGGUUAGGAGUUCAGAGGACGUGUCCUCUAGGGUGGACACGACUGCUAUAACUAAAAGAGCGAAGUCUUGCCACGAUCUGAGCAAUAUUCAGACUCAUAUCGCUGUGAGGGAGAUAUGUAAAUACUUUGAGCAUAGAGGUGGCGAUGAGAAAGAUAGGAGUAUAACAGAGCAAAAAAAUAUUGGAGGACUGAGGCAUUUGAGGUUUCAAAAAUCAGUUACGACUUAAAAUUUUUAGUGAUAUUUUUUUGUUAAUAUUCUCUAAAACGCAAGAAAAUAACUUUUGAAACACUAGAUUAAAAUAUUCUGGUUUUUAAUAUUUAAAUUUUUUAGUGUUUCAUUUUUAAUUUAUCCAGGGAAAUAUUCAGUUCUUUUGUAGAAGAUGUUUAAAAAAUCAAUUAAAAAACGUCUGUAUAAUGCCAUAGCCUAAUCACCAUUAGAUCUUUUAAACAAAAAAA